UAGGAGUUUCGACACAAAAGGUUUGAUUUUAUAAACGCCAACUUGGUUUUCUUCGUUCUCGAUCUUGCUAGCAUACAACAAAAUGUAGUUAGAGCCAACUGCCUUAGUUAUGAAAGUGUGGUCACCAUUGGCCAUCAUAAGCUUGAAGACAGCGAAGGCGAAAACGCACGUGCAUGGCCAUUGAAUUGGCUUGCUUCUAACACGUCAGUUACUUGCCACAAACAGUGCAAACGAGGUGCGAGGAUUCCGUCAUGACAUCAGCAUCGCAUUUCAGUACUUGUUUUAAUACGGGUCAACGACGACAGACUCGUCGAAGUGGCAGCUACAGUUGAAACGGCGUUUGCUCACUCUGAAGGUGUGGGACGAAAGACUAGACAUGAUUACAAUUCUGUUGACGCUCCUAUGGGUUGUCGGUUUAGUCCGGUCGAAACAGGGUACAGACGUCUUCUGUGGCGACAAGUAUCACCUGAGCAAUGAGAACGUGACCAUUUAUCAGCAAGAAAACAAGAGUCUUGUCUUGUCGACUAAUUCACCUUCUAGCAAGAACAUAACGUGGAUAUUAGAUCCUAAACAUCGCUCCAGAGCACAGUCUAUACGACAGCACCUAAGGAUAGACAAUCAGAGCAAUCUCAUCAUUGAUUUCAAUGCCAGACUGAAUGAUGUUGUCGUGUCGUAUUCUAUUAACAAAAGUUAUAGCAGCGCAACAGCCAGACUGCUAGUUGGCGAACCUCCUGUAAUCGAUGUUUACAACGACAGCUCUGUGACAAGCAAUUUGUCAACAUCUGAUGUAUCAGUUGGAAAGCGAGUGAUUUGCUUGAGUGUGAGAGCAAUUCCGUUUCCUACUCUGUCCGUCUCUUGCAAUGGUGUGAGAGUCAGAUCAUUCGAUAAACAGCAAAAUGGUGUCACAUGCUUCGACUUGUCUUGUGACAAACGCCUAAGUGUCGUUGCAAAAAAUUGCUUCGGAAACAAACGCUUGAAAUCCGAUAUCCAGACGCAGCCAGAUAUCGGUGUGCCGACACCCACUCCACUAUCUACCAACACAGAACAUUCCACUGGCACGCCAAGCGUCUCUGCAGCAUACACCUCUCCUCAGUUCAUAACACAUUCUGCUGAUCACAGUGCACAAUUGCCGACAACAACAAUUGCUGUUGCUAUAUCCGUCUCUUUACUAUUGUUAUUAAUCAUAGCCAUUGCCAUGGUGAUCCUAGUACCACGGUGGGCAAAGAAACAGUACAACGUGAAAUCCAACCAACAAGCAGUUUGGAUACGUAAAAACGUCGAAUAAGUGAAGCUUCGGAGUCCCACACAGCCCUUGGGAGUCUCAAACUAUACUUUCUGCACGAUACACAUGUUUAUCAACGCAACUUGUUGUACUACUUUACACUGUAAUAGAUAUUGCUUACAUACAACGGGUCGCAAUUUCUAUUGCUUGAAAGCUUAAUACGUUAAAUGGAGAAUCAGCUGUAUAUUAAUUAACAGUUACAUAACCCUACAAAAGAGCUUUACCUC